UUCAGAUCUGUAUUUAAACGGCAGCCCCCUUUCCUGAAUGGCAAACUGCUUCUGAAAUCUAAUUGGAAAAGCCAAGUUCAUUAUGGCACAGAAGAAGCCAGUGAUUUAAAGUCAAAAAUCCCACUAGGCUCGCAUAAGUCCCUUGAUUGAAUUCAUGUGCCCAGCGAUGUCAAUGCUGAAAGCCUGCAGGCAUGCAAUAGCUUUGAGAAAGGAUGCCAGAACCAGAGGCACCCAUUUCUAGCUUCCAUCAAAUUCAAAAUGACUUUGAAAUAGUCAAUUUAACAUAACGAGGCAAUUGCUAUUAAAGGCAAUGCGUCCAAGUUCUGUAAUUAACAAUAUUUUAAUAUCAAGCCGCAAAUGGACUGUGUGUCCGUGUCCAGGGACUUUAGUUUGCUACAAUUUUAGCAUCGCAUCAGACAAAUUCUGUACAGCUGCAACCAAGCAGAGAAAAUUAUGCAAAGAUUAUUUAUUUAGCUCGCAAAAGCCUUUUCUUCUUCACUUCCUAUUAGAAUCCAAGUGUCUGGACUCCAGUAAAUCAUUGGAGAUAUGCUCCAGGACCUGCGGAUAUUUUUCCUGCUGAUGUUAAUGAAUCAUGCGGAGAUGGAGAGUCAGCAGAACUUUAGUCAAGAUUUGCCUCCACAACUCCAGAAGACUGUGGAAGAAGCCAUCGCUGGAAAGUAUCUCAAUGCUCUCCUUGAUAUACUUCAUUUCCAAAGCACCAGUAUGUGGACAACAGAUACGUUUAACAAAAUCAUGGCAUAUUUCCAUGCUCAGAAUAUUGUCAUUACUUAUAGCAAUUUGCAGGUCUCUGUCAAAAACUACCUGGAGAGUCUCUUGUACCGACCCAAAGUACUGCUGUCAGAGUUCCAGCAGAUGAACCCUCAGCACUUCCAGACUGCAAUGAAAUACCUCUUUGAAAGCAAGCAGGACCACUUGGAGUUGGGAAACAUUCUUCUUGAUCUGGCCAGGAUAAGAGAGAGAGUUUUCCAAAGCCCAGGGGGAAAUCGGACACUCUUCCUGAUUACGCUGGAGCGGUGCUUUCUCCUUUUGAACUCGGUGAAAUGUGUGGAUAUAUUAAGCCAGGUCCUGCGAACAUCUUCAAUGACAUAUCUCCAGCUCCAUACGAUAGCAAGCCUCCCGAAAGAUCUUCAGGAAGAUGCUUUUCGAAACCUCUCCACAGUUUUCAAAGACCUCUAUGACAGAAUAUCGGCAAGUGCACAAAAGGCUCUGUAUGACUGGAUGACUCGGGUCUUGCAGAAAUCCUACCAUGCGAAUGACUCAGAGGAUUCUACUUCAUGGGUCAGUGCAGAAAACCUGUGGAUUUUGGGAAGAUAUAUGGUUCAUCUCCCGCUAGAAGAAAUCAGGAAAAUUAACCCUAGUGAAAUGAGGCUGUUCAUCAGUUACGACAAUGCAACCAAGCAGCUGGAUACCGUGUAUGAUAUCACCCCAGAACUGGCACAAGCUUUCUUGGAAAGAAUCAAUGCUUCAGGAUUUGAUAUGAGAAACACGUCGACUCUGCAUAGAUUAGGUCUGCUGGUUUGUUUUUAUGACGAGCUGGACCAGAUGGACACCAGUGUCGCCCGGGCCUUGCUUCAUCAAAUGAUUAAAUGUAACCAGCUGAUAGGCUUCCAGGCUGACGUUCAGAAGCUCAAAUCCCACCUUCUUGACGUUGCCCUGCAAAACCAGACUUUGAAUGAUACCCUAGGGUCCCUCUCGGACGCAGUCGUGGGUCUGACAACCAGUCAGCUGGAAUCUCUUUCGCCUGAGGCCGUGCACCUAGCCAUCCCGACAUUAAAUCAAGUGUCUGGAUGGGCCAAAAGCCAAAUCAUGAUUUUAUCCAGCAAAUACCUAAUGUAUGAAAAGGCUUUAUCAUUCCAUAACACCAGCCACAUGGGUGCGCUGGCGACUGGGAUUAGCACUGCUGCGUUCCACAGCAUGCCCCCCAAAGAGCUUUCUCAGGUGGUACGAGGUGCCCUAGCUCAGCAUGCCGCGGAUUUGUCACCUGCGCAACAACAUGGGAUCCUCCGGAAGAUGAUGGUGUCCACAGAGCUGUCAUCGGUGCUUGCUGACAUACAAGGCGCCUUGUUUAAAGAAGUGUCUCUUUUUGAUUUAUGGAAGGAAGAAGGCUUCAAUGCUUCACUAGUGAAAGAAAAGGAAUUAAGGCAAAGUCAGGCCCUGUUUCUGUAUGAAUUGCUGUCAAAGAAAACAUCUCCUUCUGACCUCUUAAGCAUCAGCCAGUUAAUGAAAGGAGUAACAUGUCGACAAAUUGAGAGCAUGAGCACUGUUGAGUUUUUAAACGUUUUCAAUGCUUUUGAGAAUAAUCUCCACUUAUUGUCACCAUAUCAGAUCAAUUGUUUGGCUUGGAAAUUCUGGACCAUCUCCAAUACAUCGAUGCCUCCCUAUCUCUUCUCAGUGCUUCCUGCUGAGUACCUGGAAUCCAUUACAGGAUCUCUUUGUCUCCCUUUUGUGAUCAGCAUGGGAAAAAUUGAUCUGGAUCAUCUUGUUUUAAAUGUACACAAGAAAAAUGUGAUCCUCCAAAAAGUACAGGAGUGCCUGAAUGGCUCAGUCGUUGAUGAAUAUGACAUUGACUUGCUUGGGAAUCUCAUCUGUCAUCUACCCCUGACAUUAAUUUGUGAUGGGAUAUCAGCAGACACACUGGCAACAGCCUUGCACCAAUUCAGGCUCUGCUAUCAGCUCAGCUCGGAACAGAAGAUGGAAAUUCAGCGCAGACUUACUGAGUUACAUGGUUCCCCUAAAAAUUGGACAGCUGAAACAACACAGGAUAGUGGACCAUUUGUAGCCCUUUUGCCAAAAGCGGAAUUAAACCUCCUUGUUGAAAAGUUUCCUGAUAUCAUCUUACAAAUAGCAUCAAAGAGGGACGGGCCAGUUCCUCCCACCGAGGAGCUCCUGAUGGCUCAGUUUGAAUCUAUAUGCAACUCCAGCCUCCUGGACAGAGCAUCUGAUUUAACUCCUGAUUGUGCGGAAGUUGUGGCUCCUUCCACCGACAAGAUCAUCAAGUUGUCGGAAGCAAACCUAUUCUGGCCGCUCCAGGGGCUGGAGUGCCUGGAUCCCGGCACUUUCGCCAAGACUGUGGAACUCCUUGGCUCUGUGAGCGGUUUCAGCCCAUCCCAGCUCACGGUGCUGAAAGAGAAAGCAAAGCAGGUCUGGGGCCCGUUGCCGAUCUGGAAGAGCCAUCACAUCGUUUCCCUUGGGCACAUUGCCACCGCUCUGAAUGAGACGGAAAUCAGAGCACUAGAUUUGAGCUCCAUUGAUACUGUGGCUGUGCUUAGUCAGCAGUCUGGAUGGAGCCCUGCACAGGCGAAAUCCAUUUUACAGGGUUUUCUAGAAGACUCGGGUCAGACGACGGACACCCUAAAAAGCUUUGAUUUGGCAGGACUAGGUGCUAACCUUUGCACUCUGAACUCCACAGAGGCUGCAUCCAUAAAUGUAAUCGAGUUCAGUGUGGUUGUUGCAAGAAUUGGUUCUUUGCCAUGUAGCAUACACAUUCUAAAGGAGUUUAAAAAGAAGGCAGAAUCUGUGUUUGGGUCUGUGGCAGGGUGGGACUCUGCCAUCCUACAGGAGAUUGGUACCAUUGCAGCUGCUUUAAAUGAGGAAGAAUUAAAAACUCUUGAUAAAGAAUUGAUGCCCUACUUCCAGCCAGCUGCAAUAAAAUCUAUCCCUAAUGACAUCUUCAAAGAGCUGUCCCCCGAGCAAAUAGCAAGCUUGGGCCCUGAAAACGCCGCCAUGGUUACAGAGUCCCAGCAGCAGCACCUGAAUGAAUUGCAGCUUCAGAGCCUUCACCUGGCGCUAGAUGGGGCCAGAAGCAACAUCCAAGACGCUCCGCUCAGUGAAAGUACAACCAGAGCCUCCUACACCUUUGCUCUUAGCUGUGCUCCCUUCUCCUGUGCCUUAAGCCUUUGGUCAUGUGCUGUAUUCAUUCUGCUUCCUGAAUUAGUGGCCCCGCCUAGAUUUUACUAGAUCUACAGCUCAAGUGGGAAGAUACAGAAUCAGCCUUUUGGAAAGCCCAUCAAGCUAUUGAAGUUGCAGUUCUCCAAGAAAUCCAGUAGUUGUGAGUCCCAAAGGAUACAUUAAAGCAAUCAUUCCUAGUUUCCUGUAACUUCAGCUCCAAUGUAGUGGAGGCAGUUGCUUGCUGAUGGGGCAUUGGAAAAGCAGACGAAAGAUUCAUAGAUGAAUACCUGUAGCCUUUUGAGAAAAUCAACAAGAGAGAGGACCGGGGUGUCCUGAGGGUGCCAGAUCCUCAAGGAUUACCUAGGGAUCCUCCCUCCAUUUUAUAUAUUUUCAUAAGGGCUACAAUAUAGAUUAGAAUAAAAAUAAGAGCCCGGGAUAGUUAUUUUAAAUAACUCUUAUUCUAGGAAGCAAAUUAAAUUCAGUGCGGCAAAGAUUUUCCACAGCUUGCCUGGGAGUCCAUGGACCCAGGUUAAGGACUUUGCUUAAGAGGGUGAGACGUCUUCAGCAAGGACUAGAAUAUGCUUUUAAGGUAUUGUCCUGUUCAGGGCUGCCUCAUUUUCAUCGGAAGCAGUGAGGACUGGAAGCAUGAUGGUGAGUGCUUCCGUGACUUGGGCAAUCCCCCACACAGAUUUUCCACCCCCCAAAAGUAUCUUUCCUUUCCCCAAAACACAUUUAAGUGAGGAGGAGUUUCUCCUUCAAGCUUUCUUGCUGUCUGCAUCCCUGGUCCGAGGCGAGCUGCUCAAUCGGUCAAUGUGAUCUGUCUGCCCAGUGCAGCUGUCCAUAUCCUAAUGCACUCUUAGAAAGUGAGCGCAGCCUGAAGUCCUGGAUCUAGAUACAGGAACAGUGCGUCCUUUUCUACACAUUAUGUUCAAACUCUGCACAGUGCGCACUUGCAGAUCUGUGUGCACAUAGUUAUUCACACAUUGUGUUCAGUGUACCUACAGCAGGAAACUUCCUAUCUGUACCUUGCAUUUAAGGGGGCCUGUUCCCAGAUUCACUUUUCAAAUGAACAUACAGUUAAAUUUGCAAAAGGUUGUUUUAAACAUAUAAGACAGAAUAUCCAAUAUGCAAUGUCAGCAUGAGGGCUUCCCAGAGGCAUCUGGUGGGCCACUGUGCGAAACAGGAUGCUGGACUAGAGGGGCCUCCUUGGGCCUGAUCUAGCAGGGCUGUUCUUAUGUUCAUGUUUAUGUUCAUGAGACCUGGAGAUUGACAAUAAGCAGAGAGUAAUAGGUUUCAGUCCAAGUCACAAGUAACUGCUUGCUAGUAGUAAACUUCUGGCCAAACGUGUUUCGACCUCUCCCGGUCUUCAUCAGUCACACAAUUAAUACAUUAAAUAGGAGUGAGUCUACAGACUUGUGGACCUCCUGUCCUUUAGGGUUUCACACUGCCACCCCUUGCAAUAAAUUUCGGACUGGCAAAUGAGAUGUCAACAGAUUCUCCCUGCUAUAGCAUCCAUUUUUCUCAAAGUUUGUGGACUCAUAUUUGAUGUCUGUAUUGUGCCACUGAUUAAGACUCAAAGAGGUUAGAAAUGCUUGUGGUCAAAAGUUGUUACUGGAAAACAAUCUGCUUGUGACUUUGAUUGUGCUCUCUAUGUUUAUUGUCAACCUCUAGGUCUCAUAUUCACAUUGCAUAUUGGAUAUUGUGGGUAUUACAUGUUUAAAACAAACUUUUGCAAAUUUUAGGAGUUUAUUUCAUUGCUUUUUGACACUUUCAGAUUUAUUAUUUGAAUUCAUAUCAUUGUCCAUUUCUUAUAUAAUUUUGUCCUGGUUUGAAGCAUUUUGCUUAUAGAUCUUUAAAACUCCAUAACUGUUUUAAACAGUUUUACUUACAAAUUAGGUAAAUCUUGGUGGUAUAUUGCUAGCCUUUGGUAAUAUUCUGUAUUUAUUUUUCAACGGCUACAUACAUGGCAAUUAAAAUCAAGAGAGUGAGUGGCACUGUACACUCUACCAAGCAAAAAUGUCUUAUUGAAAUAGGAGUUACAGUAUGUUCAUUAUGUUAAGUGAUCACUUAAGUUUGCAAGAAAUGUUUAGAACAUUCUCUAUUUGUUGCCUUCUGUUUGGAUGAGUAAUGUUAGAAAUGUUGUUAAAAUCCUACUCAGUUUUGUAACUGUAGUUUUGUAAUUUCAAAAGCUUUUUCUUGUGGAACCAGCAUGAGUUAUCUUGUGUAUGAAGGAAUUGUUUCAAAUGCAUUUAAAUAAUUAGGGAUGAAACUAUGUUUUGUCUAGUAUGUACUUUAAUUUCUUUUUGGCUGUUCUAAAAUCAAAGCCUGCAGACGUAUGGGUAACACUCCCCCACAUACCAUAUCUUUGUAGUGCUUAGUGACAAAUAGCAGGAACA